AUGGAAGAUGUUCAAGGUGAAGCAGAUGAAGUUAUUAAUCCAGAUAUUGAGGUAUUUAUUUCUUACUUUGAAAACCUCAACAUAGAUUCUGAAUUUGACAUUAAUGAGAAGUACACAAGUGAAAUUUAUGCAAACAUUGAUGUCAGUUUAACUUUAGAGGAUGCCAUUAGUCAAAGUCAAUCAAACUCACAAGAGGAACCAAAUAGACGUUUGCCAUGGGGUACAAUCAAAAGAAUUGCAUUGCAACAUAACACAUCUAGGUGGACAGUAGCAAGGCUUUGGGAAUCAGCCAAAACAACAAUGCAAAAUGGCAUUAUAAUUGAUGUUAAUAGUAGAAAAAGGGAAAGGGUUGGUAGGAAACCAAGAGUAUUUGAUAUGACUCUCCUUAAUGUUGUUCCAAUUGAAAAGAGGACCACAAUUAGAGCAAUGGCAAGUGCAUUGGGCAUUAGGCAUUCACAAGUUUAUAGAAUGAUCAAAUCUGGUAAUAUUAGAGCUCAUACAAAUUCAAUUAAACCAAAACUGUCUCAUGACCACAAAAUAAGAAGAAUUAACUUUAUUCUAUCCCAAAUAAUACCACCUACUAAAGACAACCCACCAAAGUUCAGUUUGAUGUAUAAUGUUGUACACAUCGAUGAAAAAUGGUUCUACAUGUGUAGGGAAACACAAAGGUACUACUUAUUCCCUUGGGAAGAGGAAGAAACGUACAGAUGUGUGCAAAACAAAAAUUUCAUGGGUAAAGUAAUGUUUAUAACAGCUGUUGCAAGACCUCGUAUUAGUACCGAUGGAGAAGUGUUGUGGGAUGGGAAAAUAGGAAUUUUUCCAUUCACAGAAACUUAUUAUGCAAUAAGGAGGUCAGAGAACAGACCGGCAGGUACACCACAGCUAAGAGCAAUUACCAAAGUUACACGAGAUGUAAUUCGAGAUACACUAAUCAAUGAAGUUCUAUUAGCAAUCAGAAUGAAAUGGCCAGCAAAUAGAGUUAAAGAUACACUAACUCGAAAACCAAGAUGUAAUGCAAAAUCAAAAGCCCAAAAGUAUAAAACGAAAGAAAAUCAAAUCCCCAUUUCGUGA